AUGUCUUUUCCGCCAAAGAAGGACCGCUUCAAGAGUAGGCCUAAACGCGGCAACCGCCCUGAAAAUGACUUCAGUGGCGAGGAAAGCGAGAGCGAGGACCGCCCAUCAAUGGACGAGGGCGAAAGGAAUUCCGUACCCAAUGGAAGUAAAUGGAAGGGUGGUAAACGUAAUGGUGUUAUCAACAAUGAUGAAAGUCCUGGUUCGGCUGGACCGAAUAAUCACAAAGCCAAAGACAACCCCAACAGCAACGAAGAGGUCGAAGAAAACGAUAAAGACGAUAAACCAAAUGCAAACGAUGGAAAGGGAAAGAAUAUCGUGAAGCAGAAGCCAAAGACAGGCAACAACAAUGAGAUCUCGAAAGAUGGUAAUGGGACCAAGGGCCUUGGCAAGGACAAGAGUAAAGACACAGAUUCCACGACGGUUUCUGACAGCCCGGAAGAAAUCACUGUACAGGGAUUCGAUCGUGCUCAGAUCAAACUAUCGCCAGCGCAGCGCCAAUUGCUUAAGGCCUUGCGUAAGAGCAACGAUACGGCCAAGAACGAAGAAGAUUCUGCCAGCGAGCCAAUUAACGCGUUCAAACAGGGGGUUAUAACCGCCAUGGAAGAUGUCGUCGAUGCAGUCGAGAACUACAUUCAAAAGACAAGGGGUGUCGUCGGCGGAGAGCGAACCGCCAUAUGCAUCAAAGAUCCAGAAACAGCAAACAAAUUUACCAAGGCUCUCGAGACUGUCGCCAUUAACCAAGAAGUCAGCAAAGCUCUCCAGGAAACGGCCUCUCAAGGGAUCAACGGAACGUCUGGGGCUAGGGUCCUUGUCGCUCUUGGUGACCUUGCUCUUGUUGGUGUAGGCAGCUUCGUCGCCAUUGUCUCUCAAGGCGCGGAUUCCACCACAAUCGCAUCAUCCAUCUCUUCGCAGGUUGUUAGAGACGCAAAGUCUGUAGUUGGUAUAGGCAAUAAGACGUUUGAGGAGGGUGCCUUGCAAAGUGAUGAUGCGAAAGAGUUGAUGAAGCUUAUGGGUACAAAUGAGGAGGCUGUCGGAGAAACUGGAACAAUGACUCAAGGAUCGCUGAGAACGUAUGAGGAGUUCAAGUCGAUGGUAGCAUUUUUAAGGGCUGAGAAACAGGGGUCACAGACAACUUAG